UCAGGCAAUGCUGAAGAAAGUUCCUGCUUUAUGUUUUGGCCCAGAUGAGAACUCUCAUGUUUCUACAUAUAGAAUGGUACUUGAAAGAUUCCCCGUUUCACUUAAUAAACGACCAUGGUCAAAGAUUGAGAAAGACAAUCUUGCAAAAGGAAUAAAGCAACAGUAUCAAGAGAUGCUGCUUUUGAACUCAAUGAAUAUGGAAAGUGACAAAGAGUGCACAUCAGAUUCAAAUCUAAUGUCUGCAGUGACACUAAGUCAUCUCGAAUUCACACCUGAAAUGUGUAGGUCAUUUAUACCAAUGGUAAAUUGGGAUCGUUUAGCUUCCAUGUAUAUCUUGGGGCGUUCAGGUGCAGAAUGUGAAGCAAGGUGGUUGAACUGUGAGGAUUCUAUGAUCAAUCAUGAACCUUGGACAGCAGAGGAGGAUAAGAAGCUUCUAUUUAUUUUACAAGAAAGGGGCAUUUACAAUUGGAUAGAAAUUUCAAUCACAUUGGGUACACAUCGAACACCAUUCCAAUGCUUAGUACGUUACCAACGGAGUCUUAAUCCUCAUAUUCUUAACAAGGACUGGACAGAGGAAGAAGAUGCACAGCUUCGUGCAGCUGUAGAGAACUAUGGCGAAAAUAACUGGCAGAUUGUAGCUUCUUGCUUAGAAGGGCGUUUGGGUAAUCAAUGUUCUAAUCGGUGGUCCAGAACCGUUAACCCUGCAAGGAAGAAAGUAGGCAGGUGGUCAGUCGAUGAGGAUAAACUGCUAAAAGUAGCAGUGAAGCUAUUUGGGGCAAAAAAUUGGGUUAAGAUAGCUCAGUUUAUACCAGGUCGGACCCAGAUACAAUGUCGAGAAAGGUGGCUUAACUGUUUGGAUCCAUCCUUGAAUUUACAGCCUUGGACUGCAGAAGAGGAUAUCAAGCUCUUAGAUGCUGUUGCAAUUCAUGGAAAUUGUUGGUCCAAAAUUGCUACUUGCAUUCCUCCACGCACUGACAACCAAUGCAGAAGGAGAUGGAAGAUUCUUUGCCCUGAAGAAUUGCUCAUGCUUCAAUCUGCAACGCAGAUAAAGAAGAGUGCGCUUAUUUCUAAUUUUGUAAGCCGAGAAAGAGAGCGACCAGCAAUUGGUACUAAGGACUUUACAUCUGUUCUUGGUUCUACUAUGGUUCAGAAAAUUGCCGGUCCAAAAGUAAGGAAGAGAAAGCUAAGGGCCGAUCAACCUAAGAAGUUGACAACUAGGACCAGAAAAGCCAAAGGAAACUCAGAAAAGGUUAAUUUCAUAAACAGGGAUAAUAUACGAAGAAAGUCCAGAUCUAAAUCCAUAAGGCACUGUAAAGAUAAUGCAACUGAAGAUUGUAUGAGAAAUACAACAGCCAAUAUACUGCCAGAGAAUGCAGAAACUGUAACUGUUGUAAGCUUGAGUGCUGGGCAAGGUAUGUGCCUUGAGAAGACAAUGGAUAAAAGUUUGAGUGAAAAUCCAAGGACCUCAAAUAUCAACUCCAAAGUAUCUGCUCUAGCAAAUUCAACACCAGAUGGCACAUCUAAUCCUUCAGUUGAUGCAGCUCCUGAUGAAAAUCAAAGGACCUCAAUUAUCAACUCCAAAGUACCUGCUCUAGCAAAUUCAGCAGCAGAUAAAAGAUUUAAUGAUUUGCCUCAUGUUUUAUGUUUGAAUGCUACUUCUAGUGUGGACAUUAAAAGGAAAAGAAAGAAAGCAAGUGAAAAUCUAUAUACAUCGAGGAUCAACUCCAGAUCACCUUCUAUAGAGAGUUUGACAGAUUGCAUAGCCAAUUCUUCGGUUGAUAUUAGAAGGAAAAUCACUUCCAAUGGGAAUAUUUCAAGGAGCUCGAAAGCAAGUACGAAUCUACUCCACAUAUCUCAAGUACAAAAAUCUUGUGAGGAAAAUGUUGUAGAACUUGGCGUGCCCAAUACUUCCGAACUUGUUCCUCCUGAUUUGCAUUCUUUUGGUGCUAAUUCUAAUACUUCUAUCCCAGAAUGUGUCAGUUGGCCAACCAAGAAAAGGAAAAGAAGUAAGCCACAAGGUGCUCUAGCUCGUGUAAGUGAUGACAACAAUUUACUGGCGUCUGGGGUUGAUACUUCUGCUGUCCGUGGCACUGAGAGAGCAAUGAGUAUGGGCUCAAGUUUAAAAGUGCCUGCUGAAGACGGUCAAAUGGAGAACUCUCAGAAACCAACACACAAUCUGAAGAAGCUAACAGACCUACCAUGUAUAAUGACAGCAAUGACUAUUUGUCUCUUUCAACAUUUUGUAAUAUGGAAAAAGGAAAACUGGGUUGUACAGUUAAGACAAAGAGCGCACAAACUGCAAAUUCAACUAUUAUACAGUCUACGGAUGUUAGUAUUGAUGGCGUUGGCGAUGUAUCUCCAGCCAUGCUUCAUGGGAGUGCCAAAGGAAAACAGUCAGGUAUACUUACUGAAGAGGAAACGAGGACUAAUGCUGAUUCAUCUAAGCAAGGAGCUCUACCUGAUACCGAUGUCCAAGAUGAUGAUUGCUAUCUUUCCACAUUUUAUGAGCGAGUGAAAAGACACCAUCGUGACAAGUCAAGAAAAUGUAAUCUGCCUUAGAUCAGUAACACCAAGUAUUAGAAGCAUCUAUUGAAUGCAAAUACCUAGCUAGCCGGCAAUCAUCAAUUUGUUUCUUUCUAAAACAGUACAAUCUGGGAGGAAGUUAACUGAAAUCAUCAACUGUUUUGAUUGCCACUACUUCAAGAUCUCGGGUUCAGUAGCAGCAACAGCAUGGAAGUAAGAUCUUUGUGCCAUUGAUUCUGGCACUUUUCGAGACAAACUAAUGUUGAGUCCUGGCUGCAAUGUGCUUCGGAGCUGCCUAAAUCAGUUUAGCAAGUUGCGAUCUUUUUCCUGAUUUAUAUGGCAAGAUUGUACGGAAACCAUUCCUUGGGGCAUUCCAGUCAAUUUGUUUCCAUACUGGAUUUUGAUUCAUUGAGGUCUGAAUGAUUUUCAUAUAUACGAGGGAGCCAAUUUAUGGAGCACACGGAUUUGAAGUUUUCAAAUGGAGUGUAAUCUGCUAGACUGUUUGGUUGGAGGAAUAGUUAUUUUACCAUUUUUUUUUUCUUAUGCUGAAAUAAUAGUUUUUUUUAUAUUUAGUUGUAUACACAAAUUUGGAUUUUUUUUAAUGGAAUUCUUUCUUAAAAUUGAUCGAA